CGUCCAUGUGUUGGCAUGUCCGUAGCAGCGUGAGAUGAAGCUUUGCGUGCCGGGGGGAUGUUGAGGACAGGCGAGCACGUGGACGUCAAGGUGGUCGGAGGGAUCCUUCAGACUAGCAAUGAGCUGCCUCUCCGAGUCCAAUUAAAGCUGCUCGUCAUCCCGCUGACGAGACGAUCGCAGGCUUGAAAGGUAGACACGCUCGGACGGAACUAAGCGGAGGACGCGAGCGGGAGUCUGUGAUGUGUUCCACUCUCAUCUUUGAUUGAAUUACAUUCUCCCCUCACGUUUGACGCCCUCCCCUUCAUUCUUUUCUUUUCUGCCAGCCCUCCGUGGUUUGUAUUCCGUCCUCCUCUGUCCCUCCUUCCCCUCCCUCCUCUUUUGCGUCGCUCGCCGUCUCAUCCUCUCUCGCUCGCUGUCACACAAACUGCGGUGGAUGCUCGCCUCGAAGCCUCCCUGCUUGGAGCGCAAUUCUGCUUUCUGCUGAGUCGGACCGUCGGCGGCGUCUCGGAUCGGGAGAGCGGCAGAGAUGACCAACAAGUCUCCCGCGCCGAGUUAACCGGCGUGAAGAUAUCAGAGGGUGUCUUCCACAGAGGAGGUCAAUACUGUUGCGGUCCGGGUGUGGAUUACGGUAGUGGAUUUACCCUGGAGCUUCAUGUGGGCCUCAGCCCCUGAGGCCGGGCUGGGAAGUGAAGAUGUCCCCGUGGUUGUAGUAGCGCUGUGGGCAGCCAUGACCCAAGAGGGGCGCUGUCUCCGGCGGGGAUCCCCGGCUGUAAUCAGAAGGGGCGGUCAGAAGCGUCCCGUGACGCCGGCCGUGACUCGGGUCGCUUCCACUUUGCUGUCAAGGACACGCCUCCACGGUCUGAGGCAAGUUUGCGUCCCCGGUGGCUCGGUGGGCCGCCGGGUCUUCUGGCUGCUGGCCCUCUGCACCUCCUUCGGGCUGCUCCUGUCCUGGUCGUCCAACCGACUACUCCACUGGCUCUCCUUCCCCACUUACACCCGGAUCCACACCGAAUGGGCCAAAGAACUGGCCUUCCCCGUGGUCACCAUUUGCAACAACAACCCCAUCCGCCUCUACAAGCUCACCAAGAGCGACCUGUACUUUGCCGGACACUGGUUAGGUCUGCUGCUGGCCAACCGUACUGUAAGACCCAUGGUUCUGGACCUGCUCCAGGAGGACCGCCGGGCCUGGUUUGGGAAGCUGUCGGACUUCCGGCUGUUUCUGCCUCCCAGGAACUUUGAGGGGACCAACUUGGAGUUUAUGGACCGACUCAGCCACCAGCUUGACGACAUGCUCCUCUCCUGCAAGUUCAGAGGAGAACCCUGCGGGGCUCACAACUUCUCUUCCGUGUUCACCAGGUACGGCAAGUGCUACAUGUUCAACGCGGCCGAGGACGGCAAGUCGCUGCGCACCACCAUGAAGGGCGGCACGGGGAACGGCCUGGAGAUCAUGCUGGACAUCCAGCAGGACGACUACCUGCCGGUUUGGGGGGACACAGAGGACACGGCAUUUGAAGCGGGGGUGCGAGUCCAAAUCCACAGCCAAGCGGAGCCUCCGUUUGUGCACGAGCUGGGUUUCGGCGUGGCGCCCGGCUUUCAGACUUUUGUAGCCACGCAGGAACAGAGGCUGACCUUCCUGCCUCCCCCGUGGGGAGAGUGCGAGUCCAAGGCGCUGGAGUCGGGCUUCUUCCAGGUGUACAGCGUGACCGCCUGCAGGAUCGACUGCGAGACUCGCUACAUCGUGGAGAACUGUAACUGCAGGAUGGUGCACAUGCCCGGGGACGCCUUGUACUGCACCCCCGAGCAGUACAAAGACUGCGCCGAACCCGCCCUCGCUAAGCUGUCGUCGGCGGAGAGCGGCAGCUGCGUGUGCAGGACGCCGUGCAACAUGACGCGCUACAACAAGGAGCUGUCCAUGGUCAAAAUCCCCAGCAAGACGUCGGCGCGCUACCUGCAGAAGAAGUUCAACAAGUCGGAGAAGUACAUCUCGGACAACAUUUUGGUGUUGGACGUCUUCUUCGAGGCGCUCAACUACGAGACCAUCGAGCAGAAAAAAGCCUACGAGGUGGCAGGCCUGCUGGGUGACAUCGGGGGCCAGAUGGGCCUCUUCAUCGGCGCCAGCAUCCUCACCUUCCUGGAGCUUUUCGACUACGCCUACGAGGUGGUGCGGGAGCGACUCCUGGACCUGCUGAGUCCAGAGGACGAAGAGGAGGGUCGCAGGGGAGAUGUGACUUCCUGCGAUCCGGUGGCCAACCACUCAGAGUCCAUCAGCCACAGCGUGGCCGUCCCUCUGCAGACCACCUUGGGCACCCUGGAGGAGAUCGCCUGCUGAGGCCCCGCCCCCCUCCCUGCCUCCUCCGAGGCCGCCUCCUGAGGCAAAGGCCGCGCCCUCCGUCGAGACACGGCAGGAGGAGGCAAACAAGGACGGCGGGCGCGCCCAGUCACCCUGUGGAGGCCUCAGCGGUGCCAGACGGGGGCCGGGCGGGGGUCCAGGGACCUUAGCAUCACCCAUUCCUGCCACACGGACGCAGUGCAACAGUAGCGAGUCGGCGCGCCUCGCUCCAAGUGUGGCUCGCUCUCGUAAACGUCGCCCCCCUGCUGGACGCCCGCGCACACCUGGAAUGUACAGCUUGAACCUUGAACCUUGCAUGGUUCAUCCUGAGAGAAUGACCUUUGAAGGGAGGUCCCACUCCCACUGUUAUGUCCGAAGGUAAGUGUUGUAAGAUGAUGUUGUGUCCAUCAACCAAAAGACGCCAGACAAGUUUUACAGACAAUUUGUCCUCAUAUUUCUGCUUUUUUGGAGUACUUUUUUGUAAUUCUGCUGUAAAAUAAUGCAUCAGUGUGUGUGCCCCUCCCCCACACAAACAAAGAGUUGUUUCAGAGCGAGCAGGCGCUGACAUUUCAGACUGGUAGAAUGUCAAGGACACAAUCUGGGACGCUCCUCUCAGCAGCAACAUCUGGAAUAUUCCUCAUAUUUGUGAUGAUUUGAAUCCACAGGAUCAUCCCAGCAUGAACAUCUGGCUCGUCGUGUGGAAUGAAAAAACUCACUGGAUUUUUUUUUUUUGGUUUUAGUUUUUAUUAUUAUCUAUUCUGAUUUCCUGUCUGCGCUCCAAAGACGCCGUCUUCGUGUUCCGUCUCAUCCCGAAAUGCAAACACGGUUCCUCUUUGCCGCUUUGUGGCUGUGCAAAAAAACAAGAAACGUGUGUGUUUUCAGUGUGACGCCAUUAAAUGAAAACAAUGUUUUGCAG